AAGGCUCAUUGGAUCAAGCCCAACUUAUAUAGUUUUGUUAGGCCCGAUAAAACGUCACAUAACAAUCCACUAUUUUGAGAUUGUUUCUCAAUUUUAGUAAUUCGAAUUAAUACGUUAAUUUUUCCUUUACUUUAUCUCUCUCGUGUUUGAACCUUAUUUAGGACAUUCAAGUUCUCGAAUAGGCUUAACCGAGAACACGCGAUCUAGUAUGAGCCUUUUUGAUCUUUGUAUAGAAUAGUUAUUGGGAUAAUAUUGAGUAUUAAUUUUCGCAAAUUUGUCCGUAGAUGUCCAAAGUUUUUUAUUCAGAGUAUGAACCUUGUCAAUGUUUGGUGCCGUCCCCUAUAAAGUGUCCCAUGAUGUAGUUUUGGACCUUAGGGGAGGAGCUUCCUUUAGAACAUAUAUGGAGGUUUGAGACCAUCAAUUAGUUCAUAUUCUUCAGAAUAUGUACAAACAUGGGAGGUAUAUUUAGAGAUCAUAAGAAUCCAUGAAGCUUUGCUGUUUCGGUGGGAGUUGCUAUAUAUUUUCUUGGUCAUGUAGAUUAAGGGUGACCCAUGGCCGGAAACGGCUCGGAGGGAGGUACCGUGAUGGUUACAAUAAGGAAAGUUAAAGCAAAAAAAAAUUCCUAGGUUUUUUUUUUUGAUAAGUAAUUUCCUAGGUUUUGUGAAGCUCAGUGUUAAACACAAAGAAUUUCAUAUUCUACCAAUAUGUUCUUGAGGAAAUCUCUACAUCCAAAUUUCAUUAUUUUGUGUAACUCUUAUUAUCUGGCUAAGUUUUAACCUUUACAACUCGAGGGAAAUCAAAGCACACACUUGACUCUUAUCUUUAUAUAUACGUUUUUAGGUUGUUUAAAUACACAUGGAAUACAUAAUUCAAAAAAAGAAAGAAAGUAAUACAAAAAGGAAGGUAGAAGGAUACCAAACACAUAAGGACAAUUUGAAAGAAAAAAAUGUUGUCACAUGCAUUGAAAGUGUUGUCGAAAGAUUAUUUCAUGUGUAUGAGAAAGUUGGAUAAAAGUCUAAACAAUAGAUUCACAAAACUUAGUUCAAACAUUUCCAGUGUGAAAGCUCAGUUAAAGCUUCUUGACAGAAACUUUAAAAUUACAAAAAGUGAAAAAUGUAAAAAUGUAAAAAUGUCCAGCUUAAUGAUUAUGUAUUGUUCAGUCUGAAAAUUGUAACUUUUAAAGAUCCCUAAUAUCAUGUAGUAGUAGUACCUAGCAAACUUUGUAUCGAAUAAGAUUUAACUAUCAAGCACACGAAAUUAUUCCACCCAAUAACUUCAUUUAUUUUAACUCAGGGUAAUAGCAUAUAAAAUAUGAAAUGUUAUAAAAAAGAUUUAACCAUCUAUCUUGCUAAAAAAAUUUAGUUCUGAAAAUAUUAUCAUGAAACAAAAGACAUAAUAAUAUUAUAUUUUCAGUUUCAUGAUAGUUUCUUAUAAUAGUUUAGAAAUUUGAUAUUUUAUAUGUAGUGUUGGGGGUUUUCCAACAACAAUAGUUUAUAUGGAUUCAAUUCUAUUAAUUUCAUAUAAAAAAAUUCAAAGGCCUCAGGCUCCACCAGACGCUUAAGCAUAUAAAAAAACAGAGUGAGAAAGGCUUGAAAGUUAAGUCGCAAAGGAAAGGCCUUCGUCAUUGCUUAACUUGCAAUCGAAGUUAUAUAUGAAAGCGCACAUUUUACUCAGGAGGGCCUAACGUUCACGUCAACUAUCAAACACACACAUACAAUUUGUAGAAUCUUCGAUUGUUAUCAAUUAGAUUUUUGCUAUCACUACUAAGAAUUUUUCCCACCAAACACUGAAAGAACCAUUUCAACCAAAGAUUAAGUGGAGUCAAGAAAACAAUGAAACCAAAUAAAGAAAGAAAAGGUAUCGGAGUCUUUAGAAAUAACCCAAACACAAAUGAUAAGAGGCUUCGCUUUGUAUCUCUUAUUUUUUGUACUUAGAGUGAAAAGAAGAUUUCACUAGCAGACGAUGAGUUCGAACGGAGAGAAGGGAAUGAUGAAGCGGUCAGAUUUUGCACAGAAGUUGUUAGAUGAUCUUCGUGUAAGGAAGGAGCGGCUUUCAAUCUCUCAGGAUACAGAUAACUAUGCAUAUUCUAACAGAGGAUUUAAGGGAUCUAAUAAAACCAGAUCAAAAUCUACAACAUUUCAAGAUUUCAACUAUGGAGGAGCCAGUCUUCUCACUAGCGGCACGGAGGAUUCAAAUCAGAUAGUUCCAUACGGAAGAGGCCGGAGCAUCGAUCUAUCAAAAGCAUUAGCAUUUGCACUUGAAAAUGCUGGGAAGGCUACAAGAGCAGAUCCUUCAGGGAAUGCAUCAGUCAUUAGCUUCCUUCAUGAAGUAGGAAAGAGAUCUUUGGGAAGAAGCAGUCAGCAACAUCUUUGUUCAAGCAGCCAGCAACAACUUCCCAUGGUUCAUGUCCAUAUCAAAGAAAUAUCAAAGGGAGCUCAAAAACUGAAUCAGAUCAUUAAAGCAUGUAGCAACGGCCUCAGUUUUCGAAAAGGAAGGUACUCAAUACAAUGCGGGGGAGAAGAACACAUGGAAGGUGCUAUUGAAUUGGAACAGUCUCUUCGUUUGCUUGUAGAUAUUCAACAAGCUUCUUCCGAAUAUAUCACCAAGAAACAAAGUCAAAACAGAUUCAAGCUACUUGAAGAAAAUGAGGAUGGGGAAGAAGAAGAAGAAGAAGAUGUUCGGAAUCGAAAUAACAGAAAGAUAAAAGAAGCCGCAAAGACGGACAUCGAAAUGAGACUACUGGCGCUUAAAAACAAACACAGAAGACAAACAAGUGGCUGCGAAGAUACCGAACAUAAGCCUCAGAAGGGAAGGAUUCCGAAUGUUGUGGCGAAGUUGAUGGGAAUAGGAGAGUUUCCAGAAGAGGAAAAAGAGACCAAGAACAACAAUGAUGCAUCCAUCAAGUCUGCGGAGAGUCUCACAAGGCGUAGAGCAACACAAUCCAAUGAAAAAAUUGUUGAACUGAAGGAUCAGAGGAACUCAACAUCAUUGGAUUUAGUAUUACAUAAGGAGACUCAGAGAACUACUAAUGGUAUAAACUACAAAGACAAGUCUCAGCAGAAGGAUGAUCCAAACAGCAGAAAAGGAAACAAGAAGGAUGGAGAAAUGACGACGAAAAAUGCUAUAAGAAGGACCUCAUCUCCAACAGAAGAUAAGCCUAAGGCUGUCACAAGGAGCCAAGAAAAGCCUUUGCAUAAACUUAGUUUUGGGAAGAAAGAAGAAGCAAAGAGCAUCAAGAAAGCGAAGUUGAAGCCAGAAAGGCAUCAAGAACAUGGCGUAAUGACCAAUCAUCCACCAAAACCUGUGAGCUCAGUACCAGUCAUAGACAAAGCUAAAUCUCUGAGGAAAAUCUUUUCUCAUGUUGUUGUAUUAGAAAAGAAAAAAGGAGGAGAGGUACAUGAAGCUGAGUUCCGCGAAAAGAAAAAUCUAAAUGGUGGAUUUUGCAAAGUAAUGAAGCAACCAGAGAAUCAGAAACCUGUUUCCAGAGAAGCAAAUGGGAAACAAGAUCAGUUACUCAGAAGUUACAAUGACAGUAAUAAGACCAAAGCUGUAGAAGCAGACACAUGCAUCAAUAUUUCUGAAGAUUCAGGCGUUGAGGUCAAAUCAUCAAACAGAAAUGUGUUUGAGAAAAAGAAAGAUAUCAAAGAUGACUCAAUUCUGCUAAUAGCUGCGGAGAGAGUCCUAUGCCAAGCUCCAUCCGAAAAUCAGCAUCAAGAGCUUAUGUUUACAGAUGGGGUGGAUCAACAAGCUCCAGUACCAAAUUCUGAUGGAAAUUCAGAAAGAUUUUCCAAGACAGUAUAUAAAGUUGUUUCAGCCAGCAAAGGGGAGGUUGAAGCUGGCAUACCUUUGUUGGAGAAGCGACAAGAACGCCGAAAACAAGAAACAAAAGAGACAUUGUCUGCAAAUGAAAUGAACCUCAAGAAGAUAGUUGUGAAAAGUCAACUAUUUCUGGACACAUUCGAGGCACUUUUCAAACUUAACAUUCCUCUCAAUGUCCUUCAUGAAGUUGGCGGGAACAAUUACCACCAAGAAGACAAGAACCUACUCCUCGAUUGUGGCUACGAGAUAAUGAAACGAAAAGGAAGAUUUCAAGAGUUAAAAGUCCAUCCUUUCGUGAAGGUACCCAUUAGUUCCUCUAAAGUAAACUCAUUGGACCAUCUUGUUAGACAAUUAAGCAAAGAGUUCGAGAAGCUGAGAACUUACGGUAGGGAGUGCUACACUGAAUCACUUGUUGAAGACUACUUACCAAAAGUGUUGGAAAGAGAUGUUUACUAUACAGACCCAAACUUAAACUCCAUGUGGGAUAUGGGUUGGAAUGAUUCGAUGCACGCCUUCAUCGAGAAAGAUGAUGUUAUAAGGGACGUAGAGAGGGAAGUCUUCAAUGGACUCUUGGAGGAGAUAACCAGAGAUCUUAUAUGCAUAUAGCUGUUACUCUUAAUUUUCCGGGUCAAAAUUGAGCGUUUUAGGUUCGAGGCAGUAAUCCAUUUCCUUAACAUUUUGUUUGAACUUUGAAAGUAUAUAUUUUCCACCUCCUGUGAGCAAAUAAUUGGUACGGAAAUCGAAUCAAUGAGCAGAGUGAGAUUCUUAUGUCUACUUAUUAAUCUAGUUUAUUAUAUGUGUUA